CAGUUGCUGGAUCCCCCAAUCUCCAGGGGCCCCCACUCUUUUCUUUGACCCCCGCCCUAUAGGGCCCCAGUGUUCUUCUCAGAUUGCUCUCAAUACAUCCUCCAUCCCCAUGAUGGGAAGGCAGCCCCCUUCCCUUCCUGUCCUUGAGGGGAAGGGGGACUAUCUUGCUCCCAUUCUCUCCCUGAAGUAAUGAUAGCCCCUCACUUUCCCCCUGCUGUCAUGGCCCCAACCCUUGUCAAGGUCUCUCUGGUUCCCGCCCUCCCCUUUCCUGGAGCUGGCCGCGUGCUUGGGGUAUUAGGCAAUGGGUGUGUACCCGCAGCACUCUCCAGGCCCCGCCUGUCCCACCACCCUCCAGCCGCCUGCGGGUCAGUGCUCAGGCCAGCCGGUCGGGCAGAGGGCACUGGGGGCCAGCUCAGGCCACCCAGUCUGCUUGCCUGUGGCCUCCUGUCCCAGAGUUGGGCUUCUGUGGGGAGACAAAACAGAAGCAUGGGUCCUUGGAUUUGGGACAGGUCAGCUUGGGGGAGUCCUGGGGUCACUAAGAAGUUGGAAUCUGUGGUAACAGUUCUGACCCUGGUCCUUCCUUGGCACCUGACUAUACUGAGCCUCACAAGGGUAGAAUCAGAAGAAGCAACCUGAAACUGAAGGGAGAACCGGAGACACAUGGAGAACACAAAUGUCUAAGAGGUCCCCCUGGGAGAAGAGGGGCAUAGGAAACCUGGUUCCCCUCCUCCAGGGGACGUAGGUAAAGUUCCAGGCUGACAUGCAGGGAACAGGACAUGGACACUGGUGACAAUCACUGAAUCCAGGUGUAAGGACAAAAGCUACUGAGAUAGGGUACAGAUCCUGGUGGCUUCAAAAGCCACACAUACUUGGGUUCUUGGCCCCUAAACAGGAAGCAGGGGCAAGAACUCUAGGGCUCCUUCUCCUUCUCACCUCUCCCCCAGAGGUGAGAAAGCAGAGAAAAGCAACCUUCUGGGGUCACAGCUGUCCAGUGUCAGGAACCAUGGCACUUUCACCUCCCCAGCCUGCAUGAGGCCUGACACAUAAAGGUGGUUGAUAAAUAUCCCAACAGAUGAAAGUCACUAAUGGUGUUCAGACAGCUCUGCCCCCUAGACAGCAGUGCCCCCUGCAGCACGGGGCAGGACCUGCAGCUGCACAAACUGGAGGCUGGCUGCCCAGCAGAGCUGCAUGGCCACUACCAAGGAAGAGAUGACUGUGGCUGUGGGUUUCAGCCCCAUGGCUCUACUUCUCCGGGGGGCCUGUCUCUGAGUCAAUGUGCCAGCCUUGGGCUCUCGGGGCCAGCCGUGCCUUGGGCUGCGGUCUGGCAGGGGCGGGGGGCGGCUGGGAAGCCUGGGGCCCCUCUCUGGCAAAAAUAGCCCGCAGUGGUUAGAGCUGGGAGGGUGAGUCAGGCAGGAGCACAGUGGCGCCUAACCCCUUCACUGCCACUGGAUCUCCCUAAGGUGGUUUAGCCUCGGUCUGGUCUGUGCAACCCAAGAUCAGGCUCUUUCCCUGGGCUCAGUUUGGGAUCCUGAGGCCCUCCCAUAAGAAGCAAGUUUGUGAGUCUAGAGCAGAAAUAUGGACUAACUGGAGUGCAGAUCCAGGAUCCUGGGAAGGGCAGGAGACCUCUGCUGGCAAGGAUGCCUGUGAGCCAAGGGAAGCAUGGGGGCAGGCUGAAGAUCUCUGGGUCUCCCCCAGCUUCUGCUAGGGCCAAACUCUGAGGCCAAAGCUGACCCCUCCCAAGGGGCAGGAGUAGGGCUUGGAGGUGGGCAGAAGCCAAGCCACCCAGAAGGGAGCUUCUCCUGCCAGCUCAGAUUGCCCUGCUGUGGGCACUCCUUGAGGGCUCUACUGGUGACUAUCCAGCGAGAGAAGUCAGUUCUCAGCUCCAUCUUCAUCUUGUCAAAGGCACCUUCCAGCCAUCCAGCAAUGGAUAGGGAAACUGAGGCAAAGAGAAAUGACCACCUGGGGCCAGGAUCCUGGCUCCCGAGUCUAGGUCACUGCACCCUCUUCGCAGCCUUGGUGAUCCUAGAGCAGGUGAGUGGAACUCUGGCCACCUCCCCCUUCACUGGGGCCAAGCCUGAAUCCGGGCGUCGGGGGAGAGGGUGUGUGUGUUCGCUGGGAGGAGGGGGAGCGGCUGAGCUCUCCGGGUCAAGGCGGGGGGUGCUAGGAGUAGGGUGGGGAUGCCCCGGGCUCGGGGAGGGGCCGCCGCUCUGUCAGCCACGGCAGAGACGCCGGUGAGCUCGGCGCGAGUAGAGCCAGAGCCCCCAGUUCUUUGCUCGCCCGCUCGCUAGCUUUCUCGAUCACUCCCUCCCUUCCUCCCUCCCUUCUUCCCGGCGGCCGCGGCGGCGCUGGGGAAGCGGCGAAGAGGAGUGGCCCUGCCCUGGAAGAAUGCGGCUCUGCCGAGGGGGCAGAACCCGACGCAGUCUCCCCACGGUUUGAACAGCCAGAGCCCAGGCGACCCAACCGCGCCGGUGGCGGACUCCGCACCAGAGCAGCUGGAGGCCCUGAUCGAUCUGCCCACCGGCGCCUUCGGGCCCGGGCUUCGACAUGCGGGAGGAGCCCCGGCCGCGGCCUCCGCCCUCGGGCCUCGCGGGUCUCCUGUUCCUGGCGUUGUGCAGUCGGGCCCUAAGCAAUGAGAUUCUGGGCCUGAAGCUGCCGGGCGAGCCGCCGCUGACCGCCAACACCGUGUGCUUGACGCUGUCGGGCCUGAGCAAGCGGCAGUUAGGCCUGUGCCUGCGCAGCCCCGACGUGACGGCGUCGGCGCUUCAGGGCCUGCACAUCGCAGUCCACGAGUGUCAGCACCAGCUGCGCGACCAGCGCUGGAACUGCUCUGCGCUGGAGGGCGGCGGCCGCCUGCCGCACCACAGCGCCAUCCUCAAGCGCGGUUUCCGGGAGAGUGCUUUUUCCUUCUCCAUGCUGGCUGCUGGGGUCAUGCACGCAGUAGCCACGGCCUGCAGCCUGGGCAAGCUGGUGAGCUGCGGCUGCGGCUGGAAGGGCAGUGGUGAGCAGGAUCGGCUGAGGGCCAAACUGCUGCAGCUGCAGGCACUGUCCCGGGGCAAGAGUUUUCCCCACUCCUUGCCCAGCCCGGGCCCUGGCUCAGGCUCCAGCCCUGGCCCCCAGGACACAUGGGAAUGGGGUGGCUGUAACCAUGACAUGGACUUUGGAGAGAAGUUCUCUCGGGAUUUCUUGGAUUCCAGGGAAGCUCCCCGGGACAUCCAGGCACGCAUGCGAAUCCACAACAACAGGGUGGGGCGCCAGGUGGUAACUGAAAACCUGAAGCGGAAAUGCAAGUGCCAUGGCACAUCUGGCAGCUGCCAGUUCAAGACCUGCUGGAGGGCAGCCCCAGAGUUCCGAGCGGUGGGGGCAGCCUUGAGGGAGCGGCUGGGCCGCGCCAUCUUCAUCGAUACCCACAACCGCAACUCUGGAGCCUUCCAACCCCGCCUUCGUCCCCGACGCCUCUCAGGAGAGCUGGUCUACUUUGAGAAGUCUCCUGACUUCUGUGAGCGAGACCCCACCGUGGGCUCCCCCGGCACGCGGGGCCGGGCCUGCAACAAGACCAGUCGCCUGCUGGAUGGCUGUGGCAGCCUGUGCUGUGGCCGUGGGCACAAUGUGCUCCGGCAGACGAGGGUUGAACGCUGUCACUGCCGCUUCCACUGGUGCUGCUAUGUGCUGUGUGACGAGUGCAAGGUCACAGAGUGGGUCAACGUGUGUAAGUGAGGGUCAGCCUCACUGCAGGGCUGGGGAAGGGGAGGAGCACCAGUGCAGACUUUUGCUCUGAUUUCUGUCCAGGGUCAAUCAAUCUUGGCCCCGGAAGCCCACAGUAUCUACCUGGAAAUAGCUUUGGGGGCAGUAGGGGUCAGGUGGAGUCUGUGAGGUGUGGCCUUCUCCCCCACAGUUAGGAGGGCCUUAGGGGGGACCUGUCCCCCUCUACUGCUCCUUAAAACACCUGAAUGGACUAAGAUGAAAUGAACUGUAUUGCCACCCUCUACCCAAACCUGCGGUCCCUUUAACUCUGAUGCAUACUCCUCUUGGCUGGGGAGUCCUUAUAGUUUGACCACUCUUCUUCUUUGAGGGUGAGCCCCAGGCAUCCUGUGGAGCCAUAAGACCUGCAUCCAGAAAGAGACCACUCACUUCUAUUUGCUGUUCCCAAACUCCUCUACUGCAGUAUGGGCCCCCUCUUAGGGAGUAAUGGGAAACAGCAGUAGAGAGGGUUUUCUUAGGGAAGGGAGAGAAUACAGGGCACUCAGAAACCCAGAAAGUUGUCUGUCCAGGCCCUUAGGGAAGCUGCCCUCUCCCCCCAAUUCAGAUGUUAAAGGGGACCCUCCAAAGGAAGAGUUUUACCUAAGACUCUCUGAGCCUCUUUUUCUUUCUUCAGCAGGAGGGAUGGGAAUGGAUAAUUUAUUGUACUGAGACUUGUUCUUGGUUCUUGUUUGUAACAAAAAUAAAUUAAGUUACUGGA